AUGUAUUCCAAAGUUGAAGAGCCACCCAAACUGGUCCUCACCGGCACCCCAAGAGAGAUUGGGUUCCAUCAUGGGUCUCGCCUUCGGCCGCAAAUAAGCAGCCAAAUCACCAUCUACGAAGAGAUGUUCCAGGUGAACUGUAAUUUGUCUUGGGAUGCAGUCCGGCGGCAAGCAGACCAAUUUGCGGCCACAAUCCAGCGCGCCACCCCCCACCUCUACCAAGAAAUGGAGGGAAUUGCAGAGGGUGCAGGGGUCGACCUUCUCGACAUUGCUGGCAUCGUGGGUAAAAUCGGCUUCAAUACUGCCUGUGUUGGAACCUGCCUCAACGCCAUUCGUGCUCAUCCUUGUGUUCCAUCCAAACUGCCCAUUCACGUUGCGCUGCGACUCUGUCUGGAAAGCACAUCGGUCGAUGAGGCAGUGCAGACGCUGGAGUCCCUGGGGGGUGUGGGGUCCAGCCAGCACAUCUUGAUUGCUGAUAGUAAAAGCUCGCUGGGACUGGAACUAUCUCCCUUGGGAGAUGUACAUCUUCAGCCGGACGAGUAUGGUAUGGUAGCACACACAAAUCACUUUCUAGAGAAUCGAUUUGUGUACGAGCCACCAUGGUUGUCUGGUUCGCCGAUACGAUUGGCACGGGCCCGGGAACUGACCCGUGAGCUAAUCAGGGAUGGAGUGCUCGAAGAGGAUGCCAUUAUCGGGCAGGUGCUCAGGGAAAGAGUAUUUUCUGACACUUACAACGCCCCCCAGUCGAUAUCCUGUCAGGAAGACAUGGCCAGGCACCCAAUUUCGCGAUCGUCGACUCUCUUCAAUAUUGUCAUGCGCCUGCAGCCGGAGGCCCUAGGGGCAGAGGUGGUCAUUGGACGACCAGGUUCCGGAGAGGAGAGUGACCUGCUGAAACUGCCUUUCCACUAA